UGAGUGCAGUUUAUGUUGGCAGCUGCUAUUGUUUAUUUGCACAGAUGAGUCGCGGUUCAGAGUGUGUACUAGUUAAAAGACAUUUUUUUAUUAAAAAUACAAACCCUGACCUAUUGAGGCUGUUCAGAACAGAAUCUGGAUAUUUUCCAGAGAAGAGCCAAUUGGUUGGUGCCAUCAAUGAGCAGAAUAAAUGGAAACUAUUUAAGAAGCAGAUUAUUCAUGAGCUUCAUUAAUAAAGUUAUAAAAAUUAAUAACCAUCAGUUUGCUGGGUGUGACCAUAUUUUAACCACGCCCAUAAGAAUAUGGCGUCUGAUAAGCCAAGUCGAGAGCAGCAAAGUCCAGAAAUGAUAGCAUUUCAUUCUCAGUACAGUGCUCUGGCCGACACACUCUCUGGGAAUCAAUCAGUUAUCCUUCCAUUUGCUACUCAUCUCUACACUAACGAUAUAAUAGACAAGACGGUGCAUCAAAAUGUACAGGACUCAAGGAAUCCUCCAUACGAGAGGGCAGUCACCAUACUCUCUGCCAUCGAGUCAGUUAAAAUGAAGCUAUUGCCAGAGAAGACGUUCAGAGCAGUUGUGUUAGCCUUGAGAAAGAUUGAUUUAAGCAUGACGGCUAACAAACUUAUUGAAGCACUUGAGGCUAGUGGCGGUACAGUUCCCCCUGAUUUGGCUCCUCAACUUCCACCAAACGAAAGUAGAACCUCUCUCCCUG